AUGCGUCUUCAGUCACUGCUCCCGGUCUUGGCUCUCGCCCAUGCCGUCCGUGGCAAUGCCCCGGCCACCGGCCAGCAGGUCUCGCCUCUCGAGGCUGACGGCCUGGAAGCUCGAGGCCUGGAAGCUCGAGGCCUGGAAGCUCGAGACCCGGAAGCUCGAGGCCUGGAAGCUCGAGACCUGGAAGCUCGAGACCUGGAAGCUCGAAACCUCGCCAAAAAGCUUUGGAACAAGAUCAAGUGGGGAGGCGGAUGCGUUACCUGUGAGACCGUCUUCGCCUUGAUGAGGGGCCUCGCCUUCUUGAGCGACAGCGCCUUGAUCAAGGUGGUACAGAGCCUUUGCAAGAUGGCCGGGGCCCAAGAUGACGAUGUUUGCGAAGGUGCCAUUGCCCGCGAGGGCCCCAUCAUUGCCCAGGCCCUCAGGGAGAUGAAGCGCAGAUCCAAGGCCUCAAAGGAAUUCUGCACCACCUUGCUGGGCGCCUGUGCCUAUACCCCCGUCACCCCCUGGAACGUCUCCAUGCCUGUGCUCAAGCCAAAGCGUACUCGCCCUCGGCCCAGCGGCAAGAAGCCGCUCCAGGUCGUUCACUACUCGGAUAUUCACAUCGACACCUUGUACAUGAAUGGGUCAAGCGCGGAUUGCGGAAAGCCCAUCUGCUGCAGGCCCUACACAGAAGACGAUCAGCCUGGCAAGAGCAAGUCUCCCGCCGGUCCUUUCGGGGACCACAAGUGCGACGUGCCCGUCAGUCUGGAGCAGAGCAUGUACGAGGCCAUCAACAAGUUUGCUCCCGACGCCGCCUUUACCAUUUUUACCGGAGACAUUGUCGAUCAUGCCGUGUGGAACACAACCGAGUCGGCCAACGUUGAGUCAAUUGAGCGAGCCUACUCGGCCAUGCACAGGCGCCCCGGCCCGGUAUACGGCACUGCCGGCAACCACGAGGCUCAUCCUUGCGACGGUUUCCAGCCCAACGGCCUCGGCCAAGCCACGGCAUGGGUUUACCGUCUGCUGUCCAGCCAGUGGUCCUCCUGGAUCGGCAAAGAGGCAGCGGAUAACGCCGCCAAGCUCGGCGCCUACUCGGUCAAGCACCCCGUGGGCAACCUGCGCGUCAUCUCGCUCAACACCAACCUGUACUACCGCAACAACUUCUGGCUGUACCACAACAUGAAUGACAAGGAUCCCAACCUCCAGUUGCAAUGGCUAGUCAGGGAGCUUGACCGCGCCGAAAAGGCCCGCGAGAACGUCUACAUCAUCGGCCACUUGCCCUUUGGCGACAAGGGCACUCUGCACGACGGGUCCAACUACCUUGACCAAAUCGUCAACCGGUACUCGGCGACCAUUGCGGCCAUGUUCUUUGGACACACGCACGUCGACCAGUUCGAGAUCAGCUACGCCGACUAUCAGUCGCGGAGCGAAGCCAACGCCCUGGCCGUGUCGUACAUUGCCCCGUCUCUGACCCCGACGGCCGGCAUGCCCUCUUUCCGCGUCUACGAGGUUGAUCCCGAUACGUUUGGCGUGUUGGACGCCACGACGUACAUUGCCGACAUGGGCGACAAGGCCUUCCAGUCGGGCCCCGUCUGGACCAAGCUGUACUCGGCCAAGGAGGCCUACGGCAAGGCCCUCAGCCCGCCCGUGACGGACCCCAGGGCCGAGCUCACGCCGGCCUUCUGGCACCAGGUGACCAAGGCAUUUGAGGACGACGACGAGCUCUUCGACGCUUACAUCUCGCGCAAAAGCCGCGGGUGGAACGUGGCGAAAUGCCGGGGCUCCUGCAGGGCCGACGAGAUCUGUCAGCUGCGCGCCGGCCGCGCCCAGGACAACUGCUACAAGCCCAAGUUUGGCUUCCACCUCGAGAGGCGCGACAUGUCGGCAGCGCACGGCGAGCACGACGAGUGCGACGAGCUGGUCACGCGGACGACGUUUGGGGCACUGGUGGCGCGCGACAGCUUGGAGAGGUUCGUGGAGAUGGCCGAGGAGGAGAUAGCCCGGGCGGGCAACGUGGUGGACAAGUCGUGGUGGACAAGUCGUGGUGAAUUUUGA